GCCCUCCAGCCAAACCCGUCGCAGCCGCCUCCACGUACCACUCCCGUCGCACCGCCGGCAGCAGCCUCGACCACCGCCGGCAGCAGCCCCCCUCGGUACCCUCUCUCUCUCUCUCUCUCUCUCUCUCUCUCUCUCUCUCUCUCUCUCUCUCUCUCUCUCUCUCGUCUACUCAGAAAUCAUCGCCCGCUGCUAUCCAUGGCGAUCCCGAUGCCGAAGGCGCUGAUCUCAUCUUUACUGAUUCAAGUGUCCGCCAUGGGUAAAUCACUUGGAGUUCUCAUCUUACUGGGUUCCUCCUCUUCCUUUCCUUCUUCACCUCACUGUCCCAAGCCCAAACCUGCAACGGCUGGCCUUACCAAGCAACCAAGUUUACUGAUCUCAUCUUUACCGAUGCCGAAGGCGCUGAUCUCAUCUUUACUUAUCUCUUCUUUUCACUUCCCUUUUAUUGAUUCAAUGUGCAGUGGUAUAGAUUGUUUAUACUGGUAGUUUUCGUGUGAUGGUAUAGAUUUAUUUCUGCAAUGGUAUUGAUUGUUUAUGAUAUAGAUUGUUUAUAUUGGUAGUUUUCGUGUAAUGGUAUAGAUUUAUUUCUACAAUGGUAUUGAUUGUUUAUGGUAUAGAUUGUUUAUAUUGGUAGUUUUCGUGUAAUGGUAUAGAUUUAUUUCUGCAAUGGUAGUUUUCGUGUAAUGGUAUAGAUUUAUUUCUGCAAUGGUAUUGAUAUUUUUCAAAGUGGUAGUGUUUGUCUAAUGGAUUGGUACUGAUUUUGUUUUUUUUUUUUUUCAGAAAGAUUGAGAAAAAGAUGGAAAGGAAAUCUGGAUGGAGAUUACGGAAGUGAGAGAAAGAGAGAAUUUUAAUUAAUAGAUUUUUGUAACUACCUAAAAUGUAAUUUAUUAAAAAAUUAAUUAAUAUAAUUUAUUUUUCCAUACCCAAUUUACCCUUAGUAACCACGAUGAUUACUACUUUUGUAGUAAUCACCGUAACCUGUCCCGACCGAUAGGUGGGGUAAGAAGAGUAUGGGUAGUGUCCUCAAUUUGAGUUAUCCUGACCCGCUUUAUUUUUACCAGUUUUUGUUUAAAUCACAUGUAAUUUUACAUAAAUUAUUUAGAAUUUUAAUUUUAUUACCUAAUAUUUUAGCUAUAAUAAAAUUAUAAAUAUAUGGGAACCUUAAUUUCAAGAAUAAUUUAACUACAUCUAUGUUAUAGUUCGUUUCUUGUGAAAAAAAGAAUAAAAUUCCUGGGUCUGGAAUUUAAAUUCCGAAGCUUAGAAGUCUAUUUGAAGUAAAGUUGCAGGUCACCGGUCAAGGGGUGGAAUGCAGUGCUGUCAAAGCCGAACCGAGCUGGCCGGCCGGACUGCCAAAGCCGCCACCCGUCUGUAAAAUCGGCUCGGAUCAGCUAUUUAACCGCUACGGGUUUAUACAGCGGCCGGCGAGCGGCCGAAGCGGUUAAGCGCUCGAGCCGCUCAAGCCGGUCGCGCGGUUCGGCCGUUUGGUUUACCUAAAAAAAAAAAAAUUAAAAUCGAGAAGGCCAAUCGUGGGUCUGGGCCAGCCAAACAAAACCCUAACUUUCAUUGCAUUUCUUCGUUUUCGACCCUAGAACAGACUACAGAGGGAGAGCGGCGCCACAGUCAGCAACAUCUCCCACCAGCCGUCUCACCUCCUACUCGAGGUAAGUUAAUUUCUGGUUGAUUGUAAUUUAAAUAUUUUGUUUGCAUCAUUUUGAUUUCAAUGUUAAUUUGCAUUUCAAUGACAUUGCUUUAAUUUUUGAACAAUGUGGUGGUUUGGAAUUGGAUUUUUGAACUUUUGGUACUUAUGUUUUAGAAUUGUUAAGAGUUAAGACUGUAAUUUACUAAUUUAGUCAUGGUUUACCAUGACUAAUAAGUGUCCACUAUUUAU